AUACGCAUAAUCCAAAAGAACCUCUGAAUCGAUCUACAUCUCAAGAUCCAGUCUCGCUUAACCCACCCCGCCAAUCUCAUCUGAGCAUUUCUCUAGCUCUCUCUCUCUCUGCUGCCCCUCGCCGCAUGAACCUGUAACGUCAUCCUGUUUGGGGGUAACGAAAAAAUGUCAGGUAGCCGACCACAGCCGAGUCGCACUCCUUCGCAAACAACGCAAACAACACAGACAACACACCGCCCAGCAAAUCCUAGCGGUUUGCGCCAGAGCUACACCAUGGGCUCUCCCAUCCAAUCUCCAAGCUCUCUCGGCGGCGAAUCUGAAUACUUGAGCACUCGCGAGGAUGCCACCCCGCUUGCAACCCCUCUUCCUAACGACAACGAACCUCGCGAUCCUUCGCGCACCGGCUUCAGCCUAAACCGACCGAACACGUUUCCGCCGAGCGAGUCCACGAGCCUCUUGCAGAACGUUCUCAUCGACAACCCACUACCUAACAGCUACCCUCAUGGGACCUUCUCGCCGCGACCCGCCAGUCCUGCUGGUAGCAUGGAUCCCGACUUUGACAGAGCGUCGUCCUCAGCGUCGGAAAUCCCAAUCUUGGACCCUGUCCUGACCGCGAUCACGGGCGACGACCAUUGGAGAAAGCGAUUCGUGAGGAAGAUAAAGAGCAAGAAGAUGCACUCUUCGAGAACUUUAGCAGAGCAGGCCGGCUUCAAGGAUACUGUUUGGAUGUACCUUUCGUACUACAUCCCUCUUUUGACCUGGCUGCCGCAGUACCAAUGGUCGUAUCUAAAGGGAGACCUUGUUGCAGCUUUGACGCUCGCCUCCCUCUACUUACCCAUGGCUUUGUCCCUCGCCGACAACCUCGCACAUGUUCCUCCGAUCAAUGGCCUGUAUGCCUUCGUCUUCAACCCAUUCGUAUACGCCGUUUUCGGUAGCGCGCCUCAGAUGGUAGUUGGUCCGGAAGCUGCUGGCUCCUUGUUGGUCGGGUCUGUGGUCAGAGGUAGCAUCGACCAUGACAAAGGCGACGAGUACAACGCUGAGGUCCAGGCGAAGAUCUGUGGUGUCGUGGCGGGUAUGGCUGGUGCCACUGUCUUCCUUGCGGGUCUCGCCCGCCUGGGCUUCCUCGACAGCGUUCUCAGCAAGCCAUUCCUGCGCGGCUUCAUCUCUGCGAUUGGCUUCGUUAUUGCGGUUGACCAGUCCAUUCACGAGCUUGGUCUUGCAAAGUAUGCGGCAGAAAUGGGUGUGGGCCAUGGAAGCAGUAUGGACAAGCUAGAAUUCAUCUUCAGCUCGUUCGACCAUGUUCACAAGCUUACCUUCAUGGUUGCUGGAAUCAGCUUCGUAAUCAUGAUGACUAUGAGGGAGCUCAAGAAACACAUGGUACCCAAGUACCCUGGGGUUGCGUAUAUUCCCGACCGUUUCUUCGUCGUGGUCAUUGCCGCAAUUCUCUCUUGGCAGUUCGACUGGGAGAGCAAGGGAGUUGAGAUUCUUGGGCCGGUCAAGGCGGCUUCGGGUCAUCUUUUCCAGUUCCGAUGGCCCUUCCAGACUUCUCACAUGGAGCAUAUUCGUGAGGCGAUGGGCACAUCUUUCUUGAUUGCACUCCUGGGAUUCUUCGAGUCGUCCGUCGCAGCGAAAAGUUUGAGCAGCUCUGACAGCCCGUACGGUAUCCAGCUGAGCCCCAACAGAGAGCUUGUCGCUCUGGGCGCCGCCAACAUCGUCGGAGCUUGCUUCAUGAGCUUGCCCGCCUUUGGAGGUUAUGGUAGAAGCAAACUGAACAAGCAGACCGGCGGCAAGACGCCAAUGAGCUCCAUCUUCCUCAGUCUGAUUACGCUUCUGGCCGUAUUCUUCCUGUUGCCGUACUUUUACUACCUUCCCAAACCGGUCUUGUCGUCCAUGAUUACCGUUGUAGCAUGGUCCCUACUCGAGGAGGCCCCACACGACAUUGCAUUCUUCUUCAAGAUUAGAGGCUGGACCGAAUUGGGAUUGAUGCUCAUUAUUUUCGUGUCGACAAUCUUCUACUCGCUCACUCUUGGAAUGGCAAUUGGCGUUGGUCUGUCUUUGCUCCAGGUCAUCCAGCACUCGACCCGUCCCCGCAUUCAGAUUCUGGGCCGCAUUCCCGGUACACAACGCUUUGAGAACGCCGAGCUUAACCCCGAUAGGCUAGAGUUCGUUGAGGGCUGCCUGAUUGUCAAGAUUCCCGAGCCCUUGACCUUUGCCAACACGGGCGAGCUGAAGGCGCGUCUUCGAAGACUGGAGCUUUACGGCACGAGCAUGGCGCACCCUGCGCUGCCGAGACUGCGCGCGGAGCAACACAACAAGAACGUCAUUUUCGAUAUCCACGGUGUCACUUCACUGGACGGGUCGGGAACGCAGGUGCUGUUGGAGAUUGUUAGCGGGUAUAGAGAGCGUGGUGUUAGAGUCUUCUUCAGCCGCGGUCCCACGAACCCGCGCCAUCACAUCUGGAGACUCAUGAGACAAGCGGGCAUCAUAGACCUGGUCGGCGGGGAGUCACACUUUGUGACGGAUGUUCAGGAGGCUUUGAAGUUGACCGAGUACGAGAACAGCAUCAGCGAAGUCGCGAAUGCUUGAAAGCGGAGCGCAAGCCUGUCGGCUUUCAAUCGUCGGGUGCAUGAGAGUCAGUGUGUAAGUAGAAUGGGCGUGUUUUUGGUCACCAGCAUUUUGGAGCGAGAAAAGGCGUUCCGAUUUUCAGUUCUUGCAGGAUAUCUGUUCGCCUUACGAAGCAUACUUUAUGCUUAAUGAUUCGCAACGAGAGCGUUAUGGAUACGUAUAUAGACAGUAUAUAUUAAAAGCGGUGCGAUAGGUUUUG